CGGGGCCGCUUUGUGACGUCACGAUCAGCUGUGGGAAGGUGCCGAUUUGUGAGGGGGAGCGGCGCGGCAGAACCGCGGGGUCCGCACCGGCACCGGCACCGGCACCGCACCGGCAUUGGCACUGCAUUCACCGCACCGCACCGGCACUACCUCAGCGUCUUCCGCCGCCCGGGACACGCAGCGCCGGCCUUUGCACUGAAGCCAAGUGAAGCACCUCACAAUUGCACUGUGAACCACUAAGCUCUGAUUUCCCUGGCAGCCAAACAUCUCUGUCACUGACACCUCGAGGGCUCUUUCUUCCCUCCCUGCCCAUCUCUCCUGCAUCUGUGCCUGGAAGCUGGUGCCCAGCAGUAGCUUUGUCUCCCUGUCCAUUCUGCUGGACUGCUCUCCACCAUGUUUCAGCGUCUCACCAGCCUCUUCUUCAGUGACAGCAAUACACCAGAGGGCCUGGAGGAGCCCAAACCCUUUGUUGAGGAAGAGGAGGAGGAGGAUGGCUGGCUCAUAAUUGAUCUUGCAGGCAGCCGUGCCCGCCCCGGGCCCGCCCGCCGCGCGGCUGCCGGUGGCACCGGGCGCUCGGCGCGACCCCGCCCGCCGCCGCUGGCUGCUUCCCCGGUUCCGGCCGGUCCCUGCUUGAUGGACGAGAGUUGGUUUGUCACCCCUCCCCCCUGUUUUACUGCAGAGGAGCCCGGCCCCGACGGCGUGGAGAGCAGCCCCAUGGAGGACCUGCUCAUCGAGCACCCCAGCAUGUCCGUCUAUGUCACCAGCACCCUCGAGGUGGAUGGGGAGGGCCCCGAGGACGAUGCUGCAGAGCCCGUCCCGGAGGCGCGGCCGGAGCCGCCCGCGGCGCAGCGCGGCCGGGCGCUGGCGGUGAAGGCGGCGGCGCUGGACAAGGCGGGGCAGGCGCAGCGGGCGCAGCGGGCCAGGCAGAUGGCGGAGCGGCACCGCCUGGCGCAGAAGGCGCUGCAGCGGCAGAACAGGGCCCGGCAGCGCCCGCCCCGCCGCGCCAAGCAGCUCCCAGGAGCCUUCGUCCACCAGCCCUGCCAGCGCCACUGCAACUACUGACCUCGCUCCGCCGCCCAGGGGCUCCCCCCGGCCGGGCCCGGCCCCGGGAGCGGCCCCCACGGACACCGGGGACACGGCGGCGGCUUCGCUUCACACCCCGCGCCCGCACGCCUGGCCCGCACUCCUCAUCUCCCUCCUGUCCCCUCACCGUGCCCCUCGCCCUCGGUGCCGUCUGGGUCACGACUCCCGGAGCCGCCGGCGCGGAGGGCCACACUACCCCUCCCCGGCUGCCUCGGCAGCCUUCACGCGGGAAAUCAGAAUUUCCAGUGAAAUCACCUCUUCCUGAAAUCCACCCGUUCCUGGUGAAACCUGUUUGUCCUGAUAAAUCUGUGACAUCGGUGCCUUUCCUCACAUCACCACUCCAUGUACAGCCUGGCUGGGAUGUCACAGAGACAUUGAGUGGGAGUGACAAGAGCAAUGAAGCCACAAGAUUUGGGAUUUUUAGGAAAAUGUCAUCAAUGACACUAAAUAAUGCUUCUGCCCUGCAAAACCAGCGAAUGCUCCUCCCUCUCCUUGAUUUUUAAGCUACAUUUUACCAUGAUAAGAUAAUGCCCCACUGCCAGUCCUGAAGGGGCUUGUGGUUGAAAGCGCUAGUGGAAUCUCCGUGGCUGGGUCAGCCAGGCAGCUCCUGGUGCCUCACGGUGUUUUUUUUUUUAAAAUCAACUUUAAAAGGAAUCUCAGGAAUCAAAGCACCGUCCCAGCGCCGCGCCAGAGCCCUUGCCUACCGUGCCACGAGGGGUGGCCAGCCUGGGGUGGCAUCACCGUGGCUGGUGGUCCCACCUGAGCAAGCCCUUUGGUCCUGGAACCAGCCAGCUACCCCAGCCACACUGUAUCCCCAUACAGGGUACAUGCACAGGGCACGCCUGUAUGUGUGUGUGUGUAUAUUUCUAUAUUCCUCUCUGUACCUGUACACUCAGAAGAGGCACUGUAAAGCUGAGGGUCGUUGUCUGCCUGGUGUUAGUCCUCAGGAGGGGAGACGAGGCAGGGAUCUGCACAGCUUCCCCGAGGUGGCCAAAGCACGUCCAUGGUGGUGAAGAGAUGCUGAAGAGGAGGCCGGAGCGAAGAGGCUGAAGUAAGGACAAAGAUGGAUCUGGGAACCACUGCAAUGGGUCGGGAUGGGGCAGGCCUGAGUGAGAGGAUUGCUGUAACAGCAGCUGUGACAGAGGCAGCAUCUUUCCCCACUAAAAAUGGCAUCCUUUCCCAUGAAGGGACAAAUUCCACUGCUAGGCAAUGCUAAUUUUUAAUGCAAAUCCCUCCUGUCUCCGUGAUGGACUCCUUCUGUCUUUGGAAGAACGUGGUCCAGGCUUUUCACUGGCUCCAGCAACAGUGAGGCAGCUUCAAAUCCAGCAGAAAUUUGCUGAUCUGCCCCCAGUUCGCUCCUUUUAGGAACUGCUUGUGCACCCUCUGCCCUGGGAAAGCAUCCUGCUCAUGACCAGCUCACAGCGUGGAUUCCCACCCUCUGAGACAAGAAAUACCCCCACAACACUCCAGAAAAUUCUGAUUUCGCCAGAGGUUCUUCCACUCACCAUGUUUCAUCCCUUAAUAUCAGCUGGAGACCUCAGCUGAAGGAAUUGUGGUGAGCCCAAACAGCUGAUAGUUAUGAAUUCUUUUAAUAAGAUUAAAGCCAAAAUGAACUUUCUUAGUUGCAAUAGCCCCUAGCUCUGGGCCAGGGAGCCUGGACUGUAGUAGCAGCUGCUGCUGCCCACCUGCAGCAUUUCCCCUUCACUCCCCACAAGCACAGAGCUGGGCAGUGCAGAGCCGAACAUCCCGAGCUGGAACUCUGUGCCCUCACCAUGGCUCUGCCCUCCUGGGCCUCCCCACCUCCUCUGUCCCCCGCCAGCCUGAGACCACACCGAGAUCUCCCUGCUGGUGAAGAGGCUGACAUCUCCUGACUCCAGGGGAGCGUUUACAUCCUUUGGCUUCCUGGGCUUCACCCUCAAUGCCUUUUUUGCCCCUGCAGUGAUGCCUGGGAUGGACUGGGAGCAGGGCACGUGCAGGGACAGUGGCACAGGUGCUGUGGCAGCAGGCAGGGGCUGAGCCCGGGUGUCUGAUGGGUGCUGCCCUCCCAUCCCUGCUGGAUGCACCUCUCAGUGGCAGCAGAUUGGAGGAAGCAUUUUCUCUCUGGCCGCAGUACACAUCAAGAAGGGGAGAAGCCAAGCACUGUCCAGCCCCCAGCUUGGUCUCCACUACAAAUUGUCCUGCUGCCAGUCCCUCCGGAGCACUCCAGAAAUCAGAGGCUGGCUGACCCCCACUGCUGCUUCAGCAGCUCCCAGAGGAACAGGCUGGGGGAGCAGCGGCCCUGAGGCAGAUCCUACCACGUCCCACCUGCCAGGCUCUCCUGUGCCUGCCCAAAUGCUGGAGAUGGUACCCCAAGAGAAAUCUUUAUGGACAUCCUCCCAUGCACCCUUGUCAUCUGCUGUGAGCCAGCAGCCCUUGGCCGUGUUCCUGGGGGACUUGUCUCAGGCUGGCAUUGCCACCAGCACCCAGCCCCCAGUGCCCAUUUCAAACAGGUGAUCUUCUUCCUCUGUCCUGGUUUUCAGAAGCAAAUUCAAACUCUUUCUGUGCCAGUCUGAGAUGUCUUUCAUCACUCUGUGCACAGCCAGCACAGGAGAUGAAGCAGAACUAUUACUACACUUUAUAUGCAGAGUAUGUUUAUAAAGGAUUAAUAAAUUAUUAAUAAUGUUUUCAUGAAGUCAAUCCAGACCCUGACCCUCUGGAGGGUCAGCAGAGUGCACAAGCCACAGCAAAUGAGCUCCUGCAAGUCCCCUCUGUUGUUUGCACUCUUGCCAUGCAUUAACACCUAACACUCACCUGCCAAGCCUUGCAAGGCACCUGUCACUCCCAGUGUGACCCAACCUCCCUGUGCUCUGGUCAACCCCUGCAGAAGACCUGCAGUGUUCUGCUCCUGCCCAGCAGCAAGCACAAGGCCUGGCCUGGUCCCAGGCCUCCUGCCCAGUGCUGCCAGAGCAAGAAAACCCCAUUUCACUGAGGAUUUUUGUCUCCUCAAAUUUAAAACAAAUGAAAGGUGCUUAAAAACUGAGAACUUCCUGUGUGUGCAUCCAUUUGCAUGUGUAGAUAUUUCACAGCCCAGUGUAGGUGUUCUGUAGCUUGUUUUGGUUGAAUUUUCUAUGGGUUUGUUGGGGAUUUUUUUUGCACCCAGUAUUUGUGAUGCACUGUGUGAUGCUUCCAAUGGGAAGAUUCUGGUUUGCAGGGAGCUCUUGAGCUGGUCCUGCUGGGACAGGUGGGAUGAAUUUUGCUUUCUUUUCUGUACUUGUCUGGGGGAAACUACAGCAUGGACUCAGGGACAAACCUAUUUGUUAGGGUCUUUAAAAUGUCUUUUCCACAGGCUUCUCUGUUAGAAUGUGGGGUUUGGUUUGGGGAUGCUGCAGGGAUGAGGCCUGUGGCAUCAUGUGGCGGUGACAGGAGCUGCAGGGUGCUCUGACACUCCUGUGUGAAAAAGAAAUUGUGGCCAUUCGUGGUGGGAUCAUUCCUGGGCUGCAGCCCCUCUUCGUUUGUUCAUGACCUGAAAAUUCACCUUUACAGCCAAAUGUGACCGGUCCCUUUUUGGACUGGCUUGUGAACAACCAGGUAUGGAUUUUCAGCACUGAGCCUCCUAGGGUUUGGGAAGUGCAGCAGGACUGUGUGUUAUGGCCUGAUCCACCACAGCACUGGGAUCAGGGGACAACCAGGAUGGGGAAGCCAUUGAAAUGAUCACCUGGGGAAAUGGUGAUGCAGGCAACUGAAAGAAAUUUUUGUAUUUCUUGCAAUGAAAGCAUAAAAAAGGGGAGAAUUCCCAGUGGAGAGGCCUGGGCAAAUCCCUGUUCAGUAAAUGGCAGCUUUGCUGGGCAGUGUGUCAGUGCUGGGCUCAGACACCUGAGCGGGCUCCAGCCCCAGCUCAGCUCCCAGCCCCGUACUGGGCUCGCAGGCUCAGGGCAGCAGGGCACUGAGGGGGCUGGGACAGUGCUCUCAGCAGUGGCUGGAGCUCGUGAGACCCCUUACAGAGGGAAGAAUCUUCCCACCACUGAAGUGCCCAUGGUGCAGGGAUCUUCUUCAAGUAAGAUUUGCCCCUGCUUGCCUGGUUCUGCUCUGGCUGCCACAUCCCAGCGUGAGGGAUAAAUCCUCAAAGCAUGGUGGGAUCAGGAGGGACAGCCCUGCUGGAGAAGUGCCACCCCUUGGGCUGCCCCAGGGCCCCCAGUGCCCCCAGGCCUCCGAGGCUGUGCGUGCUGCACUGGCCAAGCUGUGGCCACGGCACUCUCAGGACCCCUCACCAGCAGCCACAACAAAGUUCUCCCGCUGAAUUCUGGCUCUUGCUUGGCACCGCAGGGCUGGAGGGAUGCCAAGGGAGUAGGGGCAAAGUCCUUCUCACCUGUUGCUCUGAAACUUGCACUCACAAAUGCUCUAAGAAACUCUGCCGCAAAAGCUUGGAAAACAAUUCUUUCCAUGGGAGUCACAUUUUCAUUGUGCAGAACAUAAACAUGUGGCUCAUCCUAAAGAUCACUGCUGUGGGAAUCUUCUCUCUUUAGGCAUGUUUCUAAUCAAUAAUUUUAUAUUUACAUCAUACUAGUUCUUCUUCCUCUUCUAUUCAGCCUUAAUGGGAAGCAAAAUACCCACUUAGAUGUCUUACCACACCAGUAAGGAAAAAAAUAAAAAUACUCCAGUGAGGUUCUAGGCUUGAAUCCCACAGCUUUGCAGUUGCCCCUCUGGAUCAGUAUCAAUUAUAUUGCCCUGCAUAAAGUGGAAAUUAAAGUUAAUGUGAGUUUAUUGAAAAACAAUAGUUAGGAAACACUAAGAAGACAUAAGUCACCUCAAGUCAAGAGAAAUGGUUCUUGGCAUAUCUCUGAAGGCAGCACCAAGCCCCAGUGCCCUGGGAAUGGCUGCUGGCAAUCCUUGACUCUUCCCUGAGUCUCUGGGUCAGGAGGCCACCCAUGUCCAGCUGGUGCCACAGCUGAGAUCUCAGCCACCAGGGAUUGUCAGCUGCCACCACUCCCAGCCUCCAGUCUGCUGCUCCUCCUUUGCUGCUCCCUUGCUGCUGCAAUAGCUGCUGGUGGCAGGAGGGAAGCAUCAGCACCCCAGCAUCCCCCAGCUUCUCAGAGCUUCCCCCCCAAGCCCUUCUGCACCACGGGACUGUGGUGACCUCCUCAGCACAGCUGCAGGCAGGGACCAGAGCCCGAGGAGGGACAUCCAUGGCACUGGCAGCCCCCCUUCCCAGGGGACUGCCACAGGAAUGGGCCUUACAAGGGGCUGAUCCCCGCAGGGUUUGUGUUCUUCAAGGUGAAGCUUUCCACCUCUCAGAUCUGCUCCAUACAAAGUCAGUAACCUCCUCUUAUCCUCAUGGGCUCCGUCCCCAUCCCAUUCCCAUCACUGGAGCAGCUGCCACAAGUUGCCUGAACGUGGCUGUAGGAGCUGGAUGCAGCAGUGGGAAGGGCUCUGCCUGCCUGAAGAAUUUCUUCUUAGCUGAGAGGUGUCCUCAGCCCCAGUGGAGAUUCCACCUUCUCCUCCCUCAUCUCCAGGAUCCCAGAGCACUCCCCAGCCAUGGGCUCUGGGCAGCUGGACACGCUUGGCCAGGAGGGCUCCCUGUUCUAUCAACCUUUCUUUUGCUUCUUGAAAACAUUUGUCAUUAACUAAACCCAUAACCCUUUCCUUGCAGGAAUGAGGAUGACAAGGAUGAGCAGCUUUAUUUAAUAGCAAAGGUGGCGUUUAUGUGUGAUUGUCUUUUCAGUUCUGUGUAGAAUGGUGUCACCCAAGUGUGUCCCCUGUCACUCAUUCUGAGCUCAUACCUCCCGGGCUGGCAAAGGGGUUGCUUUUCCAACCCCAUAAUUUUUACAGGGAUGCUGCCCCAUGCUCCAGAGCAUGUAAAGAGCUGCCAAGCUUUGACUAUGUUGCAGCUGAACCUAUGUUGUUGUUUCCUGAAAAUCCUUCUGCCUUCCACUCUGACCCUAUUUCAUUGCAUGGUGGGGGGAAGAUUUUAUUCUCUGCAAAUGGAAGGGAAAACAGCACAGUAAAUUCUAAGUGUAGCUUAAAAAUGGGCUGCACAGGGGAGCUCAAAGCUCCUCUGCUCUUUCACAUUCACCUCAUGUACCCUUGCUGGGGAGCUGUGAGCAGCUGUGCCCGAGCUCACUGAAUUCUUAUCCUCAGCUUUGUGCUUCUGGAAGUCUGGGGAUGAGGGAGCAGCACAAGGUGUAGCAGUAAACCAGUGAAAUGUUCUCUUGUGUCAGAACUGUCCUUGUACAGAGCCCCCGAGCACUGCAAUAUUCUAUCUGUAUGUAUCCACCCCUGGUACCUGCUUGUGAAACUUGCCCACACAUUACCCACCCCUGAGCGGGACUGACUGUACAUGUGCCUUCACCCUUUUUCAUGGUUUGGCAUCUUUUUUAAACACAAUUACAGAACUUGAAUAAAUCACUGAACUGCAGUUACAAGUCCUAUGCAAGAGGUGACCAGGGAGUCAGUUUUCGGUAUUUCUGUGUUUCUGUGUUGUUUUCAAAGUCACUGUGGGGUUUUUAAGAGAACUCCAACAGAAUGAAUGCCACAAAAAGCUUUUUUUUUUUUUUUUUUUUUUUUUUUUUUUCUAAAAAGCAUUUAGCAUUUUGGAUAUACUAAAUCUCUUAGGCAGCUUUGAAAAGCUCUAAACCCCGGUUGCUCACUGGGCUGCGUUGGAGAGCGAGCAGGAGCAGCACAAUGGAUGCAGGAGUGCCAGGACAGAUGGUGUUCCAUGGUUGGAAAAGGGAAAAGGUUGCCUUAAGCCUUCUCUGAAAUGCCUGGAGAAUGUUCCUGUGCCCGGGGCAGCCCGGGCAGAGCAGCUCCUGCCCCGGGCUCUGCCUUACCCUGGCACAGCCACCACGGGGCAUCGGGGCAUCGGGAGAAGAGGGAGAAACCAGCCCCACGUUUUCUGCAUCACCUGUGCUGCAGGACUGAGAGCUCGUCUGGAACUCGAAGCUGAGGAAAUCCGUCCUUCCUGUGUGUUCUGUGUUCAGUUGGUGUAAGCAGGGUUCGUAGGGAAGGGGUGUCUCCUCCUCGUAGGACAUUGUGUAAACAUUUGCCGUGUGUCGACUGCCUGGGACACAUUGUGUAGUGUGCCUGUGUGUGUGUAACCUGGUUUUGGUUGUUAGGUUGUAAUGCUGUCUCUUGACUGAAAAAAAAAUCUAAUAUAAAGAAAAAUCACAAGAAAUAAAAAAAUAUAUAUUUAAAAUCUA